CGCUAGCCGGCAAACAAAGGAAGUAAACAAGGCUCACAUCCGGUCCUUGCCGACACCAUUCAUCGGAGCUUGAGUUACCUUAAUGUGUUUUUAACUCAUUUUUAAAGCCCUCUCAGCGCCGACCAAAUGUCGGACCCUCUGGCGGUGUGGUUCGCGGUCCAAUCGGAGCUUCUGGGCCACGGCGAGGAGGUUAACUCCGAAUCUCGGAGCUGUUUUGACUAUUACGACGACGACAUUUUGUUUGAAUUGUUCCACCUCACGCGCCCCUGCAUCGAGUUCGUCGCUGACAUGAUGCGCGUCCGCAUGAAGAAAUUCCUGCUCACCCCUCGCUCCUUGGACGCUAUGAUCAUGGUGACCCUCAACUUUUACGCGCGGGGCUCCUACUCCCCCUCGAUUUUGAAACGCUUCAACCUCAAGACGGACUGCGAGGAUAUCGUGGUCACAGUGUCCGAAGUGGCGGCCGGCUUGUCGGACCAGUUCAUUUCUUUCCCGCAAUCGCAGAAGGCAAAAAUCGACAUCGCUCAAAUGGUGGAGGACUUCUGCGGGAUCCCGGACGUGCUGGGCUUGCUUACUCCGGCUCACUUUCGGAUCACCGACGGGACUCGAGAGUUGUGCAUCAACUCGCUGGGCUACGCGUCCGUGGUCAGCCAGAUGAUUUGCGAUCUGGACGGAAAUAUACUGAGCGUGGAGCAAUGUUGCGCGGGCAGCACGCGAGAAAGAGACCUGUGGGGCACGUCGGUCAGGGGACGAGAAAUCGAAGAAGAACUCUAUGGACGAUAUUGGGUUGUAGGUGGUCAAGGCUACAACUUAAGCAAACGCGUGCUGACCCCCGUGUGUGCACCCAAAACUUCAGCAGAUAGAAACUUCAAUACGGCGCACGCCAAGCUCUACAAGAAGACGCAACACAUGCUGCGCUCGCUGAAAUGGCGAUUUCGGUGCUUGACUCAACUGUGCUUUGCCCAGCACAAGUUGAUGAACAUCAUCAAGACGUGCUGCGUCUUGCACAACAUUGCCAAGAAAUUCUCUGUCCCCAUGCCGCACGGGGAGGAGACAUUCCAAGACCUGCAGCCCAACAACUUGUGUGCCGAGUGGCGAGAUAUUUGCCCGGACGCGGCGAGAGAACGGCACCAACUUAUCUUACAUUACUUCAGUGCCACGAAGUGUCAAGAGGAACAAGAAUGAAACUCAUAAUUGGAACAAAUAAAUGGCACAUCAAGAUCCAAUACAGGAUUUUUAUCUGAAAAUAAGUUCUAAAAAAAAAAAAGGUGUUGGCUCGAAUCUCACGUCAAUUGACCCUUUUGAGUCUCAUUUGUUUUUGUUUUUUACAAGUGGAAACUGUUUACAAAGCUUUUUUUGUCAAUAGAACAUUUUUAAACAUUCUUUGUCUUUCCCAAGUGUCAUUUUAUUCAAGUCAGAUAAAAUGUAGUCAGGAUAUUCUUGUUUUUAAAAUAACUAAAUAUAUUUGAACUAAAAGCAGGAGUUAAAUAAUGUGUAGUUUGUACCAGCAAAAACUACAAUUUUCUUGAAAGUUAAAAAGUCUUAAAACAGCAGCUCCUAAAAAUUGGUCAUCUGUAAUGACGACAAUCCAAGUUUUUACGUCUGACACUCAGACCGCCAUUUUGUUAAACUCUUGCAGUGCCGUAGCAUUUUCAUAAAUGAAAUCUGUAUUCUGAUUUAAACUCUCAUCAGUCUGCCCUCGAGACUGCAGAUAGUCCAUGAUGCACUGGUGCAGAAAAACAUACUGGGACUGGAAAGAGACCAGGAUU